UUUGAUUCAGUUCAAAAUUGGCAAUAAAGCUGUAACAUAGGGUUCACAAAUAAUCUUUACCAUGAAGUUCUUUUUGUUAACCUACGUGGCUUAUUUGGCUGUCUACGUAGCUGCUGAACCCAGUUGUCCACCAGAAAGCAACAACGAAACAGUUGUUUACCUUCCUCAUCCAUCGGAUUGUAGUAAGUUUCUCUCCUGCCAUUGGGGCAACUUAGUGGAGCUAAGUUGUCCAAAUGGGACGCUUUGGAACGACGGCAUCAAAGCCUGUGAUCUACAAGCGAAUGUAAACUGUACGCUGGAGCCCGCGACUACCACAGCUCCGGUUGAAAAAUGUCCAGAACAAUACAACCCGGACCAUCAGGUGUACCUUCCCCACGAGGAUUGCACAAAGUACUACAUCUGCUCCUGGGGAGGAGUCGCCAUCGAGCAGAAGUGCCCACCUAAUCUGCAUUGGAAUCAGCAACUGUCGUACUGUGACUACCCAGGGCUAGCCGGCUGCAACUCAACCAGUUCACCAACUUCUCCACCAACCACGCCUUCAUCCACGCCAUCAGCCACAAACACCACAACCCCAGUACCUGUUCCGCAAUCUGAGAACUGUCCGGAAGUGUACGACCCCAACCACCAGGUCUAUUUCCCACACGCGGAUUGCACCAAGUACUACAUCUGCACCUACGAGGGCAACAAGCUGGAACAGAACUGCCCGGCAGGACUCCACUGGAGCCAGAGUAACAGCUACUGUGACCGUCCGGAACUGGCUCAAUGUACCCCAGCGAAAAACGAUGUCGACGCCCCGCUCCUCGAAUGUCCUGAAGUCGAACAGGAAGACGAUAUGGCGGUAUUUUUCCCUCAUGAAGAUUGUACCAAGUACUACGUCUGCUCGCAUCGGCAUCCGUAUGAAAUGGACUGCCCGGAAGGAACCUACUGGAAUGCGCAGGAAAAUGUUUGCGAUGCGCCGGAGAGCUCCGGGUGUGUACCCAAGGACCAUGAUUGAUGUUUGGAUAAAUACCUGCUGGUCAAUCAAUUAGUUGCGUAAAGUUGAUUUUUCUUGAAUAUUAUAGGCAAUCGUUGCAAUCAAAAGGUCAAAUAAGAGUAAGUGUAAGUAGAAAGCACUUGGGAUGAAAAUACAUGUCUGAGUAUUACAAAUUA